AAUUGCUUUAGAAAACAAUGUCAAUGCCGAGACACAACGUAACUGAAAUAAUACUAAUGGUAAUUGUGGUAAUUUUGUCUCAAAGACUGUCAUGCAGUGCCAGCAACUCGAAUAAGUAUGGCAAAAAUCUCAUACCUUGGACAUCUCAUGGUGGACGACUUUUGCAACCAUUGUCGUCCAAUGAUCCCAGUGCAUUGUUUGAUGAAUUGGAUAGGCAAAGGCCAGCAAAGAACUUUCCCAAGUGGCAUCAUUUAAUGAAAAUCGAUGAGCCAAAUUUAAAGGAGAACGAAAAUAAUCAAAUUGAUAUCCAGCCCGCUGUCGAAGAGGAGCAAGCGCAGCACUUGCUGUUGCCCUCAUCACUAUCAGCAACUAGUAACGAUGCACGGCAGGAGGAGCAGAGACAGCGAAACUUAGAACGUCUGCAGAAUGAAGCAGCCGAUCGAGAGUUUGAACAGAUUAUGAGGAAACUGAAAUUCAAAUUGCAGCGGGACCGUGAAACCGAAUCCGUUUUAAAAAGCGUAAACAAGAAAGAUCAACAAAACAAGAAUUUCUUAAACUUCUGUAAAAAGUCAAAAGGCAACAAAUUGAAAGAGACGCCGACAACUACAACGACAACUACACCGACAACGGAAUCCUCCAGCACUUUUUUCUCCACAUCGUUGACGCUGCCAGCACCUCCGACGCUUUGUCCAGCAAUCUUAAAGCCAAACAAGUGUAAGAAUAGACAAGAUGAAGCAGAACUGAAGCCCGAGGCAGUGGAUCGUCUGAUGAAGACUAUAACGGCUUUUAAAAGGCAUGCGCUGUUAAUCUUAAAGAAUCUCAAUUUACUAGAAAUUGAGAUACUUAACAGAUGGCCAGGUGGCUGUGCGCCAGCAAAUGAAGCAGAGGAUGAAACACAGAUAACCACAACUAAAAUUUCAGAUGCCUCGAGAUUCACAACGACAACAAAUCGUCCCGAACGACUAGAGAAGCCCUCAACUCCAAGGCCCAAGAUCUACAAGGAUGGCUUUCACUUUGGACUUCGAGCGACUGGCAAACAAAAAACAAAUAUGGCGGCCGCGAUGAGAGAGCAACGUAAGCUUGAGCAAAAGGUGCGCGAAGAAUACCAAAUGCAAUUGAAGCAAGCGGAAUGGAAACGUCAUCAACUCCAGCGCUUGAAAUGCAACCGAAAGAGAGCACGCUUUGAAGCUGCGCCACCUGCCGCAGUACGCUUGGAGCUCAUGACAACUCCGCGUUCAAAUAUUGUGGACAAUACAAAAGUUAUCCUAAAGCAUCCCUAUGUAAAACAGUCUUCGGCCGCAAUAAACCAACUUGCACACAAGGUCAAAAUGUUUGCAGAUCGAAAUCAAAUAGAUUUAACACGCCAGCCACUACUCAGCUGGAAAAUUAUGAAAAAUAUAAAAAAAAGGAAACAAUACCUUGGAGAUAGACAAAAGGUCCAUUGCAGUUCCAUGCGCACAGAAUGAGCAAACGCAGCAUAGUGAAGAAUAAUAAUACUAGAUUGUUUUAAUACACAUUUUUAAUUUUAAAUAUAUAUUUUAUAAAAUAAACAAUUUAUCACUUGCAAAAA